UUAGACAAAACUUUGGUUUUACAUAGUACUUCGGUGUUACUGAGAAUAAACAAAACAAACGUUACAAAACUCUCCCUUUUGAAACCAUGCUUAACAGGAUUUGGACCAUGUAUCUCCGAACAACGUCUAACUUUCUAGGCAAAAUUACCACUUGAGCUAUAGUAGACAUGUGCAGUUUGUUGCCAUGACCCCGCCGGCCAUCCCCUAAUUCCGUCCUUGUUUGUGAGUGAAAUUUAGUUUACGAGCACUGCACUGCUAAAGAUGGUCGUAUUUGUGCUUCGUGCUGAGCCGGUGUACUUUGGUCCUGAACAGGCUUGGUCCAUAUCAAGUCUACUUAUUUCAUGUCGAGCCCUGCCAGGCCUAAAUUUUCACUUGUCGUGUUGUGCGGCUUGUGCCUAAUUCUAUUCAAAUUUUUGUGUUCAAUCAUGUUGUUCCUUGUCGUGCCUUGAUGCGCUUUUCCAAAAAAAAAUGCGGCCGAGUAGUGCCCACGACUUUCUGCUCGUGCCAUACCUCAAGUCGGCCCAGGCCGGCCCACCACUAUCUUUAUGCAUAGCCAGGCUCUUUAAAUUACAAGGUAUUGGGCUUGGAGUCUUCUUUAUUAUUAUUGGACAAAGUCAAAAUGAUUUGCUUAACAGGGUCUUUAUAGGAUCAAAUCAAACAAGGUCAUUUUAAAAUGAAAAAUAAAAAAUAAAAAAAGUGAAAACAAGGCCAUAGUGGAUUAGUGGUAGACCCAAUAAGCAAAAUAUGUCUGUGUUUUGGUCUUUCUCUAUCCUCUCAUUUUCUCUCUCUUCAAUUUCGAAUUGUUGAAAAUAACGGGAACCCCGCCCAAAGCAUCAGACUCUCAUUUCACAAGAAUCAUGUCUUAAAAUCAUCGUUUCAUUUGCAAAGAUUCAGCUAUAAAGAGGUUACUGAAUUCGGCCAAUUUCAAAUUCAAGCUCAAACCCAGAAAACCGUCAAGUUCAAGGUGGAAGAUUAUCAACAACUUCUGGGUUUCUCUGUAUCUUUUUGAACCUUUGAAGGAUUGAGAUUUCUGGGGUUAAAUUUUAUAGCUCGAUUGAGAGGGGUUUGCUAUACUAAUCCGGCAGCGGCGGCGGCGGCGUAGGAAGGAAGCGGCAUCUAGCUACGAAUGUACGCCAGGCGCCAUGGUUGGCAGCGUCCUCUCCAUCCUUUACAGGUGGUGGGAAUGGCACUAUAUAGUUUCCUGGUGGCUUUUUUCUAUUGCUUUCUAUGGCCUUUUCUUGGCAAUCGAAUUGCUGAAAUUGUAGUCAUUACGGUCUUUUCCUCUGUGGCAUUUGCGGUUAUGGUGCUAUUCAUUAGGUGCACAGCAACUGAUCCAUCUGCAAAAAAUAGACACAACAAUCAUAAGAGAAAGAAAGUGAAGAGGAGUUCUAGCAUUAGUAAAACUAAAACAGUUUCAUUUACAAAGCUGAAUUAUGGUUUCAUUUUCAGACAGAUGGUUAUGAGGUGUUUUAGGAGGAUGGAGCGCAAGAUUCUUAAGACUUAUAUUAGGAGGAAGUACUUGUUGGAUCCGCGAAUAGCUAAUGGCAAUGUUCACUUGGAUCCCUUGCUUCCUUUUCCUCUACCACCCCUUGUUACCAAAGAAGAUGAUGACUCAGUUUCACCUGAGAUUGAUCCUAACAAUGAUAAGGAAGAUGAUUUCUCCUUUUGCUCCUUGUGCAAUUUCCAUGUUAAAAAACAUAGCAAACAUUGUAGGACUUGUAAUCGUUGUGUUGAAGGGUUUGAUCAUCAUUGCAGGUGGCUCAACAAUUGUGUGGGAAAAAGGAAUUAUACAACAUUCAUCCUUCUUAUGAUAUGUGUCCUGUUGAUGCUUGCCAUUGAAGGGGGAAUAGCCAUUGCCAUAUUUAUUCGGUGCUUUGCUUAUAAGAAAGACGUAGAUCAGGAAUUAGCAAGGGUAUAUCAAACCACCAAGUUUCCUAGGGGGAUUCUUGCUGCAAUAUCUGCGGUGUUGGUUUUGAUGACAGCCUAUGGCUCAGCAGCACUUGGCCAACUCUUUUUCUUUCAUGUAGUCCUCAUUCGCAAGGGAAUGAGAACAUACGAUUACAUAUUGGCCAUGAGAGAGGAGCACCGAUUUAGUGGAUUGGAGUCUUUCAAUGAUUCAGAUUUUUCAUCAGAUGAUAGCAGUCAACCUGAUUCACCAAAAAGACCUAUGGUCCUGUCUCAAUUCAUUGGACAAAGAACAAAUUUGAGUCCAGAACAGUUAUCUGUGAAAAUUGACCCAAAUUCUGGCACUUCCAUCUUGAACCAACACCAAAACUUUCAUGCUAGCAUUGAUCCAUGGAAGCUGAUACAGAUGAGUAAAGAAAAAGCCCUAAAAGCUGCUGAAAAGGCCAAAGAAAGACAAGUGGUUGAACAUGAACUAAAUCCACUUCCAUUCGAGAUGAAAAGUGGCUUACUGGUGAAACCAGAAUUAGAUCAGAACAAAAUAACCCCACUUGUUGUUUCAAAAUCAGGUUCACCAGGGAGAUUCUCGAGCCCAAGAAGACGGUUUUCUGGGUCUUCAGCUACUAUGUCUAAUACAACUGCACUGCAAAAUCAGAUAUACAGAAGUAAUUUUGACUUGAAAUUAACAGGGGUUUCAAGGGAGUUGGAGGGUUAUAUAUCAAAGCAAGUUCUGUGUUCCAUUGUUAAAGAUGGGACUGAAGCUUCCCCCAGAUAAUGUUAUUUGUGAUACUUGUAUUCAACUAUUUUAUAACUACAGAAUUGAUAGAUGAUUCAUUUAUUUAUAUGCAAUUCAUACCAGGGGAUCAAUUGUUUGACCCCUUUUGUUGCUUGAAAUACUUCGUUUUAAUGUGAUAUUUCAUUGUUUUAAUGCAA